AAAAGUAGGUAAUAGACAAUAGUCAUUAGUCAAGUCAAUUUUGUCAUUCAAUUUCAAAAAAUUAAAUAAUAAAACUUAAAAGCGUAGCGUAGAUCGCUCUAUUUUUCUUUUUGCAGUUUCGUACGAAAUAAACAAAGAAACAUUGUGAAAGCUUAGUUUAAAAAUGGGAUUAGUCAAAAAGACUACGGGCCUUGUGGGUGUAGCAGUGGCCGCUAACCCGCACUAUACCUUAGGAACUCUUUAUGGAAAAAUUCUGAGAACUCUUCAAAAGAUGCCUGAAGCUUCUGUGUACAGGCGUUACACGGAACAAAUUGUGAAAGAAAGGGCUGCUGUGCUGAAACAGACAAAAGAUACAUAUGAAAUAGAAUCUACUAUCAACUGUGGUCAAGCAGAAGAGCUUAUAAUUCAAGCUGAAAAUGAACUGAACCUAGCACGUAAAAUGCUUAAUUGGAAACCAUGGGAGCCUCUUGCUUGUAAGCCACCAAAGGGCCAAUGGGACUGGCCCCCAACUAAAGCUUGAAGUUUCUCCGUUAAUUGCAAUAAUAACACCUAAAUGAUCAUUUUAUGAUUUGUAUUAUUAACUUUUUAAUAUAGUUCAUAAAAUUUCAUAGUGGGAAUAAAUUAUUAUUAAUUUUUUAGUGUCUGUUAUACUCUUUUAAUUUUCUUAAAAGUUACAUUUGUAACAAGUUCCACAUAGGUGAUGUAAAUCAUUACAUAUUUUUUUUUAUAUUAAUUGAACAGCAGUUAGCAGAAGUUAGCAAGAACAGUUUUAAUCCUUGCAAAUAAAUAAACAAUUUUGAUUAA